GCGGGCUGCCCCGUCGUCGUGAAGCCGUCGGAGGACACGCCGCUCUCGGCGCUCGCGCUCGCGCGCCUCGCCGACGGCCUCUUCCCCGCGGGCGUGCUCAACGUGCUGGCGUCGUCGCGGGACCACGCGGAGCCCGUGGGCGCCGCGCUCUGCGACGCGCCGGAGGUCCGCGCGCUGAGCUUCACGGGGUCGACGGCCGUCGGCAAGUGGCUCUACCGCCGCUGCGCGGAGACGGUCAAGGUGCUGUCCCUCGAGCUCGGCGGCAACGCGCCGUUCCUCGUGCUCGAGAGCGCCGACGUCGACGUCGCCGCGGACGCGGCGAUGACGACCAAGUUCCGCAACGCGGGGCAGACGUGCGUCUGCGCGGACCGGCGCGGACCUCGCAUCCUCGACCCGACUUCAACGUGCGCGUCGUCGAACGGCGCGGACCGGUUUCUGGUGCACGCGUCCAAAGUCGACGCCUUCGUCGACGCGCUCGAGCGUCGCAUCGCGGCCCUGCCCGUGGGCCACGGCUUCGACGACGGCACGAUGAUCGGGCCCUUGAUCAACCCGGCGGCCGCGGCCAAGGUCGACGCGCGCGUGCGCGCGUCGGGCGGGCGGACGCUCGUCGGCGGCGCGUGGCCCCUCCCGGGCCUCCGGGACGCGUUCUACCCGCCGACGAUCGUCGCCGACGUGCCCCUGGACAGCGCGCUCUGGGUCGACGAGACCUUCGGCCCCGUCGUGCCGCUCCGGACCUUCGAGACGGACGCGGAGGCCGUCGCGCUCGCGAACGACGGGCCCGCGGGCCUCGCGGCCUACUGCUGCGGCGACCUCGCCCACGCCUGGGCCGUCGCGGAGCGCCUCGAGUUCGGCAUCGUCGGCGUCAACGAGGGCGGCGUGUCGGACCCGGCGAUGCCCUUCGGCGGCGUCAAGGAGUCGGGCCUCGGCCGCGAGGGCGGCGCGCACGGCAUCGACGAGUACCUCGAGGACAAGUACCUCUGCCUCGGCGGCAUGCGGUUCUGA